CGCACUGACAGUGCCAGAGGCAGCUCCACAAAACAGAUCGGAAACAAUCGCCCUCCCAUUCCACAACCCCUGGCCCCUGAAACCUCAGCUGCGAUAAGAUAACGCCUUCAGCAUCCCGAACCAACCGCUCCUGAGAACAUCGAGGCAUCGAGAACGGGCCCGUAAGGGGCGGUGACUGCCCAAAUGGCAGCCAACUACUGGGAAUCGACACAGCGGAAGCACUGGCAGUUCACCAAGGACGAGCUCGCGGCCAUCCGGCAGCGCCUCGACGAUGAAGACCCGGCCGUGGUCCAGAUGUUCCCCUUGCCGCAGCUUCGUCAUCUGAACAUCUACUUCAACCAGCAAAUCAACCGCCUCGGCAAGCGUCUCGGCGUGCGCCAACAAGCCAUGGCCACGGCCCAGGUCUACAUCAAGCGCUUCUACACGCGUGUCCCGAUCCGGCAGACGAACCCGUACCUGGUCAUCACGACGGCGCUGUACCUGGCCUGCAAGAUGGAGGAGUGCCCGCAGCACAUCCGGCUGCUCUCGCAGGAGGCGCGCUCGCUGUGGCCGUCCGAUAUGCACGGGCUGGACGCGCCCCGCGUCGGCGAGUGCGAGUUCAGCCUCAUCUCCGAGAUGCAGUCGCAGCUGAUCGUGCACCAGCCCUACCGCACGCUGCUGGCCGUGCAGGACCAGUUCGCGCUCACCCACGACGAGAUGUCGCUCGCCUGGACCGUCAUCAACGACCACUACAUGACCGACCUGCCGCUACUGCAUCCGCCGCACGUCGUGGCGCUCACGGCCGUCUUGUUGGCGCUCGUGCUGAGGCCGAGCAGUAGUGGAGCGGGCGCUGCCGGCGGCGGCGGGAGUGCCGCGGCGGCGGCGGCGGCGGCGAACGCGGCUGGAGGGGUCGCCAUGGCGGCUACUGCGUUGGCGCAAGCCCAGGCCAGAGCGGCGGCUAUGGCGGGCGGCACGCCGGGUUUCGCUUCACAGGGAUCUCAGUCGCAGCAGAUGGUUUACUCGCAGGGGGCCUCGCAGGGAGAGGGCCAGGCGGCGGAGCCGAAGAAAGCGACGGACCCUCGGUUGGCCAAAGUGCAGCGCUUUGCCGCGUGGCUGGCAGAGAGCAACAUCGACAUCGAGGCCAUGGUCGACUGCACCCAGGAGCUGAUCUCAUUUUAUGAAUGUCACGAGCAGUACAACGACAAGCACACGCGGGAACAGAUCAGCCGGUUCAUCAAGGCACGGAGUCUGGACAAAUGAGAAUCCCCAGCGGUUGAGAGAUUACUUCUU